AUGGAGAAAAAAAUCAAUGUGACUCGUAGAUAUGUCAUCGGACAAGCAAACAAAUUCGAAAAUGAGCAGGCACAAAAUUUGGCUGAAAUAGGAGCGAAUCUUGGGGGAGAAAAUCAAAUUUUGAUGCCUAAUAUGUAUAGAUGGCUCUAUCAGAAAGUCAAUGGAUCACCGAAACCGAACAAUACAUUUACCGAUUUGUACCAAUUCUCUGCCAGACGUUAG